CUCACACACACACACACACAGCUGCUCACACAACAGGACGGACAGAACAUAUGUGAGAAGAGAAGUGGUUUAUUUUGGAGAUUCUUCUGAGUGAAGAAGAAGUGAUCUGAGAGGACGAACAGCGGACACUGACAGAAGAAUGCAGGAAGCAGAGAGCAGCGGAGGAGCAGGAGGAGCAGGAGGAGCAGGAGGAGCAGGAGGAGCGGGAGGAGCAGGAGGAGCAGGAGGAGCGGGGGAAGGAGGAUCUCACAGGGUCGUGUCUGAGUCCAAGACAGGUGUUUGGAGGGAGUCAGGAGGAGAACGAUCAGAGCCGACCUGCUGCCUGAGUGUCAGGAAACUCUGCUACUCUGUCAGUGAGCGUGUGGGUCCCUGGUGGGACCUCCCCUCCUACAGGAAGAGAUGGACUCGUCAGAUUCUUAACGACGUCUCCUUUCACGUGGAAAGUGGACAGAUCAUGGGCAUUCUGGGAAAUUCAGGCUCAGGUAAGAGCACACUCUUAGACGCCGUCUCAGGGAGGAUCGGACACCGAGGUCGUCUGCUGGGAGACGUCUUCAUAAACGGCAGGAAAGUGAAGAGAGAAGAAUAUCAGGACUGUUUCUCUUAUGUGCUGCAGAGUGAUAACUUGCUGAGUUACCUGACGGUGGAGGAGACGCUGACGUACACGGCUCAGCUGUCCCUGAGGAAACACUCCGCCGCCGCCAUCAAGGUGUCUGCAGUGAUGGCCGAGCUGAGUCUGAGUCACGUGGCCCACAGUGUCAUCGGAGGUCGUGUUUUCCCAGGGAUCUCCGGAGGAGAGAGGAGGAGGGUCUCCAUCGCCAGUCAGCUACUGCAGGACCCACGAGUCAUCCUAUUGGACGAACCCACCACUGGUCUAGACAGCAUGACGGCCAAUCAGAUUGUGGUUCUCCUGGCACAGCUGGCCCAGAGGAACCGCAUCGUCAUCGUUACCAUCCACCAACCACGGUCCGAGCUCUUCAUGGUGUUGCGCAGGAUCGCCAUCAUGAGUCAUGGCGAGCUGGUGUUCUGUGGUCAGCCUCAGGAGAUGGUGGACUUCUUCAGUCAGUGUGGAUACCAGUGUCCAGAUUACUGCAACCCCUUCGACGUCUACGUGGACUACACCUCAGUGGACACGCGCAGCAGUGAGAGAGAAGCAGCCACCUUCACUCGCAUGCACGACAUCACUUCCCGCUAUCGGGACUCUGCCAUCUACCAGAGCAUGCUGGGAAAAAUUGAGCAGAGUCUACAGUGGGAGGACAAACCGGUCAUUCCCUUCAAGAGCAAAGAGUCUCCCAACGGUGCGGCCAAACUGGAGGUUCUGCUCAGGCGAACUGUGAGGAACCUGUCCCGGGACAGGAUGGGCGUUCUGAUGCGUCUGUCCCAGAACUUGAUCUACGGCCUCUUUGUGGCCUUCUUUGUCAUGCGUCUGGACGAUGAUGUCACCAAGGGGGCGGUGCAGGACCGCAUCGGCAUCGUCUACCAGUGCAUCGGCGCUUCGCCCUACACCGGAAUGUUAAACGCCGUUGCUCUCUUCCCAGCUCUGAGGGCCAUUGCGGACCAGGAGAGUCAGGAUGGUCUGUACAGUAAGUGGCAGAUGUUCCUGGCCUACAUCUUCCACAUCCUGCCUCUGAGCGUCCUCAGCAUCGUCAUCUUCACCUCCUUCCUCUACUGGACUGUGGGGAUGCAUCCCGACACCAUCCGCUUCCUGUGUUUCACUGCUGUGGUCCUGGUCCCACACAUCGUGGGUGAGUUCCUGACCGUGGUCCUCUUGGGCGUGGUGCAGGACCCAAACAUGGUCAACACCGGGGUGGCUCUGCUCAACAUCGCAGGGAUCGUGGUGGGGUCUGGUUUCCUCAGGAGCACCCAGCAGAUGCCCCAGCUCUUCCAGUGGCUCAGUUACCUGACCUUCCAGAAGUACAGCUGCGAGCUGCUCAUCGUCACCGAGUUCCACGGACUCACCUUCACCUGCAAUAGUUCCAGACCUCUCCCAGGAGGGUGCCCUCUGACCCAGGGCGGUCAGAUCAUCGACCAGGGUUACCCUGGAGCACUGUCCAGAUACACCCUGGACUUUGUCCUCCUCUACUCCUUCCUCCCUGCUCUCCUGCUGCUGGGGAUAAUCAGCUUCAAGAUCAGAGACAACCUGGUCCGACAUUAGAACGUCGUCAUAAAGUGGAAGAGAGAUGAGGAGUGGAAAUCUGCUGAGGUCAUGAAGGAUGUGUUCAUCAAACCAAAUCAAUGUUGAAUAAGUCGUGAAAAGAUCAUUUUCCUGUCGGAUCAGUUGGACGUCUGGAUGAAACUGCUGUGUCUCAGACAUUUGGACACGUGGACGUGUCUCUGAUUGAGAAAACAAAAAUUGACUCUGUAAAAGUGACAUCAUUAAAAAACUAAGGUAAAA